UUGAAAAGCGGCGCAUUGUUUGUGAAUGAGAGAAUCGACAGAGAAGAGCUGUGUCCUGGCGCUCAGAAAUGUACUUUAUUUUUAGAAGCCAUUAUUCACAAUCCGUUAAAUCUUUACCGCAUAGAAAUUAAUGUGUUAGACGUAAAUGAUAACGCACCGUUUUUUUCACGGAAUAAGAUGGAGUUGAACGUAAGCGAAUUUGCUAAUCCAGGAGACAAAUUCUCCAUUCUUACGGCAGAAGAUCCUGAUAUGGGCAGUAACUCGGUUAAAACGUACAAGCUGAGUCCGAAUGAACACUUUGGCCUGGAUGUACAAAGCGAAGGAGAACAGAUACAGUCUGCUCAGUUGGUGCUUCAGAAAGCACUAGACCGAGAGAAACAGGCCGUAAUCACACUAGUAGUGACUGCUUUUGACGGAGGAAAACCUCCCAGAUCCGGUACCCUACAGAUCACCGUGAACGUGAUGGAUGUGAACGAUAACACCCCAGCAUUUAGCAGGCAAUUGUAUAAGGUUAAACUGAACGAGAAUGUUCCAUCCGGGACGCCGGUCAUAACACUGAAGGCGACCGAUUCAGAUGAAGGAUCUAAUGGGCAAAUAAUGUACUCUUUACUUAAUCAAAAAAACAUUAAGCUUAACCUUUUUCACAUUAAUCCAAAUACAGGUGAAAUGACCGUAAAGGGAAAUAUAGACUACGAAGAAAAUCCUAAUUUUGAAAUCCGUGUAGAAGCUACUGAUCAAGGUUUCCAUCCACGCAGUACGCAAUGUAAAGUCUUGAUUGAAGUAAUUGACAUGAAUGACAAUCAUCCUGAAAUAUCAAUCACUCCAUUAAUGAAAACUUUAAGGGAAGACGCAACUAACGGAACAGCCUUGGCGCUGAUUACAGUGUCUGAUAAAGAUGGAGGCAGAAAUGGAAUGGUGAAUUGCGAUAUAGUAGGUUAUUUUCCUUUUAAACUGCAGACUUCUAUUAAAAACUAUUAUUCGCUCGUCGUUGCUGGACCGCUGGAUAGAGAAAUUGUUUCUCAGUAUAACGUCACCAUGACAGCUACAGAUGAGGGAACCCCGCCUCUGUCCAGCACCAGCGUCAUUACUGUGCACGUUUCUGAUGUGAACGACAACGCGCCGCGCUUCCCAGAGCCGAUGAUAAAUAUCUAUGUAAAAGAGAACAAUCAGAUCGGCACCGUUAUAUAUACCGUGUCUGCGGCUGAUCCGGAUGAAAACGAAAACGCCCGAGUUUCUUACUCGCUCAUAGAAGGCUCUUCAGCCAGUGUUCCGCUUUCUAGUGUAAUAAACGUUAAUUCGGCCAGUGGGGAGAUAUACAGCCUACAGUCUUUUAACUACGAAGAAGUGAAAACGUUUCAGUUUCAAGUUCAGGCCACAGACUCUGGUGAGCCUCCUCUAAGCAGCAACGUGACCGUGAAGGUUUUCAUCCUGGAUGAGAAUGACAACAGUCCUGGGAUCCUCCUGCCCUAUUCGGACCAGGGCUCCGUCAGUACUGAGAGCAUUCCCUACUCUGCCGAAGCGGGCUACUUCGUGGCCAAGAUCAGAGCUGUAGAUGCGGACUCUGGUUAUAAUGCACUUCUCUCUUACCACAUCGCCGAACCCAAGGGAAGCAACCUGUUUAGAAUCGGAACCAGCAGCGGGGAGAUACGG